AUGGCGUCGGAGUAUCGCGAAACCGUCCAGCGACGGUAUUACACCGUCACCGGCGAAAACCCCGACGAAUCGACUGUAGACAACUUGAUUUCCACCGGACAAAGCGAGACGUUUUUGCAGAAGGCGAUUCAGGAGCAAGGGAGAGGGCAAGUGAUGGACACGAUCUUGGAGAUCAAGGAACGACACGACGCCGUUAAGGAGAUCGAGAGGAAUUUGAAGGAAUUGCAUCAGGUGAACCGUGCUAGUUCGUUCGUCAACCGUGGCGCCACCCAUCUACAGGUGGCGCGUAAGCAUCAGAAGAACACCAGGAAAUGGGCUUGUUUUGGGAUUAUUUUGGUGUUGAUUGUGAUUCUUAUCAUCAUAUUAUCAAUCAGGCCUUGGGAGAGCAAUGGUAGCGGCGGCGGAGGUGGAGGCGGAGGUAAUCCGACACCUAGCUCAGCACCACCGCCACCACCGCCGGCGGCCACUUGA